UUAUUUGCAAUAUGCCGUUGCAACACGCAGUCGCAGUCUAGGGUUAAUAAACAUAAACCCUUCGGUGAAGCUCUCAAAUCUGGCUAGGGUUUAGUUAUCCAGUUGUUAUAGCAAAGCUAGUUUGAGAUGGGUGUGCCGGCGUUUUAUCGGUGGUUAGCUGAAAAGUAUCCAAUGGUGGUGGUCGAUGUUGUGGAGGAAGAACCCGUGGAAAUCAACGGCGUUAAAAUCCCGGUCGACACAAGUAAACCUAACCCUAAUAAGAUUGAGUAUGAUAACUUGUAUCUCGAUAUGAACGGGAUUAUUCAUCCGUGUUUCCACCCCGAAGACCGGCCUUCUCCAACCUCUUUCAGUGAGGUGUUUCAAUGCGUGUUUGACUAUAUUGAUCGGCUUUUUGGCAUGGUGCGACCACGUAAACUGCUCUACAUGGCUAUUGAUGGCGUUGCUCCAAGAGCAAAAAUGAAUCAGCAACGAUCUAGGCGUUUCCGAGCAGCCAAAGAUGCAUCUGAAGCGGAAGCCGAAGAAGAAAGGCUGAGGGAAGAGUUUGCGAAGGAAGGCAGAAAGCUUCCUCCAAAGCCGGAUUCACAAACUUUUGAUUCUAAUGUCAUCACCCCAGGAACUGAAUUCAUGGCGGUCUUGUCAAUUGCUCUACAGUACUAUCUCCACCAAAGAUUAAACAAUGACCCUGGAUGGAAAUCAAUAAAGGUUAUCCUUUCUGAUGCAAAUGUUCCUGGGGAAGGAGAACAUAAGAUUAUGUCAUAUAUUCGUCUUCAGAGGAAUCGACCUAGUUUUGACCCAAACACUCGUCAUUGCUUAUAUGGCUUGGAUGCAGAUUUGAUAAUGUUGGCUUUGGCUACCCAUGAAGUUCAUUUUUCUAUACUUAGAGAAGUUAUAACCAUUCCAGGACAACAGGAUAAGUGUUUCCUUUGCGGUCAAGUGGGUCAUAUAGCAUCAUUUUGUGAAGGGAAGGUGAAGAGAAAGGCAAUAGAGUUUGAUGAGAUAGGUGGUGGUGAUGAAGUGCCUAAGAAUAAAUAUCAGUUCCUCAACAUUUGGACUCUUAGAGAGUACCUGGAGUAUGAAAUGAGAAUUCCUGAUUCUGAGAUUGAUUUUGAGCGAAUAGUUGAUGACUUCGUUUUCCUAUGUUUCUUUGUUGGAAAUGAUUUUCUACCACACAUGCCUACAUUGGAAAUUCGUGAGGGUGCUAUUAAUUUACUGUUUGCAGUAUAUAAGAAGGAGUUUAGGGCUAUGGGUGGGUAUCUGACUAAUGCAAGCAAGCCAGAUCUUCCCAAAGUAGAGCAUUUUAUUCAGGCAGUUGGAUCAUAUGAAGACUCUAUAUUCCAGAAAAGAGCUCGAAUGAAUCUGAAUCUAGCUGAGAAGAUCAGACGUGAUCAAGCAAGAAGAGGAGAUUAUUCUCGACCACAAGCAUCAGGUCCUUCCCCUUCACCAUACAAACAGAAAGGAUCACAAACAUCUAUGAGAAAGGAGUACCAAGUUAGGCAUGCUACUAAGGAUUUGUCUGCCCUUGACAUCCAGAGCAGACAGUCAAUGCAAUCUGAUGAUGCACAAGGCAAUCUUCGAGCUAAAAAAGUUGCACGUUUGUCUUCUGGGGCUACUGUUGGGGCUGCCAUCUUGGAAGCAGAAAGCAGUCUUGAAAGAGAAGCACUUGAUAACCAAGAAGAACUAAAAUUAAAGUUGAAGAUGGCACUUCGUGAAAAGUCUGAUGUUUUUAACUCUGACCAGCAGGAGGAAGACAAGAUUAAACUCGGUUCCCCUGGAUGGAGGGAAAGGUAUUAUGAAGAGAAGUUCUUGGCCAGCACUCCGGAGGAGCUUGACGCAAUACGGAGAGAUGUUGUUCUAAAAUAUACAGAGGGCCUAUGUUGGGUGAUGCACUAUUACUAUGAAGGUGUUUGUUCCUGGCAGUGGUUUUAUCCUUACCAUUAUGCACCAUUUGCUUCUGAUCUCAAGAAUCUUAGUCAACUUAAUAUAAGCUUUGAGCUCGGAUCGCCAUUCAAACCGUUAAAUCAGCUGCUAGGGGUUUUCCCUGCUGCAAGUGCCCAUGCACUUCCAAAGCAGUAUAGAAAGUUAAUGACCGAUCCAAACUCGCCUAUUAUUGAUUUUUAUCCAACAGAUUUUGAAGUUGACAUGAACGGCAAGCGGUUUGCAUGGCAGGGUGUAGCGAAGUUGCCUUUCAUUGAUGAAACGCGUCUUCUUAAAGAGGUGGAAAAAAUUGAACACACUUUAACGGAGGAAGAAACACGGAGAAACAGCAGAAUGUGUGCUAUGCUUUUUGUGGCUUUAUCACAUAAGCUAUCUUCAUACAUAUUUGGGAUGGAUGACCGCUAUUGGAGAUCGAAAGCAAAAAAGCGGGCUGAAAUCAAGGAACCAAUCAAUCUCGAGGCAAGUGGUGGGAUGGAUGGCUAUAUAUCUCUUCCUGCUGGGGAUCCCGCUCCUAGAAUUUACAGAUCACCUAUCGAGGGAAUGGAAGAUAUCAUGGACAAUCGAGUCGUUUGUGCGAUUUACAAGCUCCCCGAUCCUCAUCCGCAUAUAGCUCGCCCCCCUGCAGGGGUGGAAAUACCAGAAAAGACUAUAAUGUUGGCGGAUUUGAAACCUACAACCUCUUUAUGGCAUGAGGACUCGGGCCGGGGACCACGCUUUGAAAAUCAAAGGUUUUUAAAAAGCAUCCAGACUUUUGAAAACUGCUGCAUAAACCUUUCAGCCAUGUCAGCAUUUUACAGGUUUUUCGGUCAUUUUGAAGAGUAGAGUGAUCAUUAACAACAAUUUUUGUAUUCCAAUUAUAAAUGAAGUUAAAAUGCGUUGCUCUUGAGUUCGCUUUCCCCCACAUUUGUUCUUGAUGCAU